CUGCCGUACGGUGAACUGGUUAAGCGCUGGGCUCUGGAGGAUCCCGGCAUUCCCGGGCCAUCACGUCGGACUAAAUCGGCGCUCUCAAUCCAGACCAGCAACACGAUCUGACAUGCAGAACCCUACGAUGCUACGAAGAUAAUCUCCACCGGCUUGCGUGGACAGGGUCCAAAUGCUUAUACGAGCCUCCGAAGCUGGCCACGGACGCCAGUUUGGAACAAAGUUUUGUGCCCUGUCACAGCUGACAAGUCACCCCCAGACCAGAGCCAACUGGGCCGACCUCAGGCCCUAUCAGACGACAGAAGUCAAUUGCAGGAUCAACGAGAAUGGGCCGAAGCUUGGGUGGCCUGAUUGUUUUCUGCAGGAUAUGCUUUGGUGCCUGUAAUAUAAGGCAAUACAGCGGUAUGUACCCGUAACCAUUAGACCAAAAAAUUACCAGCGGUAUUAAUGCGGAGAUUGGGCGAAAUUUUGCGGAUAACUUUUUUUUUGGACGAAGCUUUGGACUGUCGCUGCACAACACCACGCUUCCGACGAUUUCUCCCGGCAAAGCAGCCGGUGAUCCACAGGCAAAUCAAAAAGAAGAAGCUCUUGAAGCUUCACCGACCAACCAUCAUGUUCGCCGUUCCUGGAUGGUCGCUGGAGAGCACUGCGCUCAAGCAGCAGUCUCAACCAGCGCAAGCCCAAAACGAGUCACAGGCGACCAACGAUGGCGCAACGCCCAAUGGCAAGAACAAGGACAAGAAGCGCAAGCGUGACAAUGUCACCUCGGGCAAUGUCAAUGAGAUGUAUCGCAAGCAUAUCGAGGGCGAGUCCGAAAAGCCCUGGAAGAAGAAGAAGCAGGAAAAGCAGGCAUCCGCUGCGGCUGCGGCUGCUGCGGCCGCUGCUUCCCCCAAGACAGACAAUGACGAGGUGAAGACGGUCGCCGCUGAUCCCGUUCAAGAGGAGGGCCAGGCCAAGAAGAAGAAGCAGAGGAAGAACAAGAAGAACAAGGACAACGAUACCCAAGAGGACAAGGCAGACGGUGCCGCGUCUGCUCAAUCGACCGGCUCUCCUGCGAGCGCUCUCGCGGUCCCGCCCACGACGAACGCAACCCUCACACCUCUCCAGCAGGCUAUGCGCCAAAAGCUGAUUUCCUCUCGAUUCCGCCAUCUGAACGAAACCCUGUACACCACCGACUCCUCCAAAGCCGUCGAACUGUUCAACGCGAAUCCCGAGUUGUUCGACGAGUACCACGCUGGCUUCUCUCGUCAGGUCAAGGAAUCAUGGCCCUCUAACCCCGUCGAUGGCUAUAUCCAGGCCGUUCGUCGUCGCGCAGCCGUGCCUGUGCCUAAAAGAGGCAAGCCUCUCCCCAACAAGGCUCUGCCUCUGCCCCGUAGACCCAAUGGAGUCUGCAGCAUUGCCGAUCUGGGUUGUGGUGACGCCGCACUUGCUCGCAACCUGAAGCCAUCUGCCAAGAAACUCAACCUGAAGCUGAACAGCUACGACCUUCAGUCUCCCGACCCUCUCAUCACCAAGGCCGACAUCUCUAAACUUCCGGUGGAGGACGGCUCCAUGGAUGUGGCUAUUUUCUGUCUCAGUCUUAUGGGCACCAAUUGGGUCUCCUUCGUUGAGGAGGCAUGGCGCGUGCUCCGUGGCGACGGCAAGGGCGAGUGCUGGGUCAGUGAAGUGAAGAGUCGCUUCGGCAAAGUCAACCGCAAGAAGUCCAUGAUCGGGGCGCAGAAACCGCUCAGCAAAACUCAGCAGAAGAAGCAGAAGAAGAGCAAGAAUGGCGAUGAUUCUGAUAUCGACGAGGCGGAUAUUUUUGCUGAAGAUGCCCGCCCUCCGGUUGAUGAUGACGAGACCGAUAUCUCGGCAUUUGUCGAGGUCUUCCGGACUCGUGGGUUCGUGUUGCGCCCGGAGUCGGUGGACAAGUCCAAUAAGAUGUUUGUCAAGAUGGAGUUUGUGAAACAGAGUGGUGCCCCGAUCAAGGGCAAGCAUGCUACUGGAUUGAGUGCACCCGCUCCUGGUGGAAAGAAGCGGUUCGUAGACCGCAAGCCGGCGGCUGAGAGUGGGAUGACUCAUGAGCAGGAAGCUCAGGUGCUGAAGCCUUGCGUGUAUAAGAUUCGGUAGUCUUAUCGUUGCAGCGGCGAUGUACUAUAUGCACUUGUGAACUGUGUCUACAUAUGAUUAGAGUAAGCAAAAUACAAUGACAGCAUAUCAACAUCAGAUUCCUCGG